CGAAGUAACCUUGAAUGGUCCACCGUCAUUGACCUGCUGUUCCUGACACUUGGUUACAGUCGUCUUGCCGUUGACUGUCGUGUAGACGUAUGUUUCGUUGUUUACAGUGAUCUUGAAUGUGUGUUCAAGCCGUCCAUUUUUGUAGUUGGUGGCCGUAGAGGUGGAGAUCGAAGUGUUGGUCCCCGGGAACGUAGCCGUGUAGGAUUUUCCGCCAAUCGUCGCCUUCACCACCGUCUGACCAUUCUCUGUUGUUAUACCUAGGCAACCAUUGUUGCUAAUGACUCCAAUAUUGCCAUUGCCAUUGCCUACGCCUGAGUGUUUUGGGCUGUUCUUGUCUUCCUGCUCUACCCUUUCUUUUGAUUUCCUACCCCGGUCGGGAAUGAACACUCCAUCUUUAAAAGUGCCAGGUGGAAGUGGAUUGGGGCGAGCGGUAAACGAAUUCCUUAG